AUGUCUGCACGAUCCCCAAUAUGUCGUAUUUGUCUUAGUAAAGAUGAUCCAAAAUCUCUAAUAGCGCCUUGUAAAUGCAAAGGGAGUGUUAAAUAUGUGCACUCAAGUUGUUUGACUCAAUGGAGAAAUAGACUGUUGAAAAUUCGUACAACUAAAAAUUCUGAUAGAUGUACUUCAUGUAAAUUUGAAUAUAUAGUAAGAAAAAAGAAAACUGUUAGGAAUAUUUUGAACCGUGGAGAUGUAAGAGUUACUAUUACAUGUGGAAUAGUUAUUGCAUUACUUAUUCCCAGUGGUUAUAUGAUGAAAUUCAUCAUAAUGCUUACAUCAGCGAUGUACUCGAAUGAUGAAACUGUAACAAAAGAGAUUUUCUCGGACACCAUAACUAAUGCAUCAUCUUCAAUAUGGACGUUGUCGUCAUUCAAUCUUCCAUUUUGUGCAACUCUUACACCAUCAGAUAUUAAUCUUCAUAAUGAACUAGUUUUAUCAUCAUUUCCAUUAUUAUUAAUCAAGUUAUUUCCAACAAUACUUGAUGCUGAAUUUUGGUUUGGUAUUCUUUGUCGGCCUGAGAUACAACAUCUUCAUCUUGGAGUAUUUUUUCUUGGUAGUGUUAGUAACAUCUAUACAGCUUACACAUUGAUUAAUGAACUUUUCGAUAUGUUCACGGAGGAUAGACGUGAAUUUAGGCAUGCUGUGUUACUCGGUGUUUGUUUUAUGGUUAUCACAUUUUGGUUUCAUUAUACCGUGACGGCCUUUAGAGUUUCUACUACUCAGGAGUUUUUACAAGAAUUGCCUGUAUGGAUAUUAAGGUGGAUUACAAUCAGUUUGGCGCUUUUUGAUUUUGGAUUUAGAAGAAUAUUUUUUCAUCUUAGCAAGACUAAUUUUGAUGAUGUAGAAAUUAUGUCUGUGCAAAGCAUGGACUUCAAUUUAGAUUAA